AUGGGGCCAACUGAGCUUUCUCUGCAGCCCUGGGACCCUGUCUCUCCGCAGCUGGCCCAGGCUCACGGCAACGUGUUCACCACGUGGGUGGGCCCGACGCCCGUGGUGGUGCUGAGUGGCUUCUGGGUGGUGAAGGAAGCCCUGGUCUCCAACUCGGAGCAGUUCUCAGGCCAGCCCCUCACCCCGCUCUUCCGGGACGUGUUUGGAGAAAGAGGGGUCAUCUGCAGCAAUGGGCACACGUGGAGGCAGCAGAGACGCUUCUGCCUGGCAACGCUUCGGGAGCUAGGCCUAGGCAAGCUGGCACUGGAGCUGCAGUUGCAGGGAGAGGCGGCAGAGCUGGCAGAGGGCUUCCACCAGGAGCAGGGUAGACCCUUCGACCCUCGGGUACACAUUGUCACGUCCACGGCCAGAGUCAUUGGGACCCUCGUGUUUGGCUGCCGCUUCCUCUUGGAGGAUCCCUUCUUCCAGGAACUGAUUCAAGCCAUCGACUUUGGCCUGGCCUUUGUCAGCACCAUUUGGUGCAGGGAUCGGUUCCCCUGGGCCUUCCACCGCCUCCCAGGCCCCCACCAGGAGAUGUUUAGGUACCAGAAGGCUGUGCAAGGCUAUAUCUGCCGGGAGAUCAGCAGACACAAACUCAGGACACCUGAGGCCCCCAAGGAGUUCAUCAGCUGCUACCUGGCCCAGAUCACUAAGGCCACGGACGACCCUGUCUCUACAUUCAAUGAAGAAAACCUGAUCCAGGUAGUGGUCGACCUGUUUCUGGGAGGCACCGACACCACGGCCACUACCCUGUGCUGGGCACUCAUCUACGUGGUCCAGCAUGGAGCCAUCCGGGAGAGGGUGCAGCGGGAACUGGAUGCGGUGCUGGGCACCUCCCAGGCCAUCCGCUACUAGGACCGCGAGCUACUGCCCUAUACCCGCACCGUCCGUGAGGUGCAGCGCCUCAGCCGCGUCGUGACCACAGAUGCCGUGCGCCAGUGCGUGACCUCCACCCAUGUGCACGGCCACCCCGUGCCCAAGGGCACCAUCAUCUUGUCCAACCUGGCCUCUGUGCUCUAUGACCCUGAGUGUUGGGAGACCCAACAAUUCAACCCUGACCACUUCCUGGACAAGGAUGGAAACUUCCUGGUCAGUGAGGCCUUCCUGCCAUUCUCUGCAGGACACAGGGCAUCGGUGUGCCUAGGGGACCCGCUGGCUUGGAUGGAGCUCUUCCUGAUGUUUGCCACCCUCCUCAGGACCUUUUGGUUCCAACUGCCAGAGGGGAGCCCAGAGCUCAGGCGGGAGUACGUCUUUGGGGGCACUCGGCAGCCCCGGCCCCAGAAGAUCUGUGCCGUGCCCCAUCUGAACUGCCCCAACCCAGGUCCUGGAGAGGAGGGCGUGUAGCCAAUGGCGGGGCGCGGGGGCGGUCUGGAGACUUGUCCCCCACAAAGACCUUCCUUAGUCUCUUUCGGCUCCUGAAAAGUUGAAGAAGGACAGAGGUUCACCAACUCAGCUGCCUGUGGUUCCCCCUAACGCAGGCUCUGGUGAGUGACAUUGGAGAGUAGACGUAUCAAGGACUCUACAAAGGUGGCUCAGUUUGGGUAGCUCAGUUCUUAGGAUUUUACAAGGUUGGUUAAGAGAUUUGGCCUUGAAUCACUUCACAAGAUUAAUCUGGGGAGUCAAGCCUCACAAGGUGGCAGCUAAAGAGGUUCAGAGGGAGAGGCGUUUGAGAAAAACUAUAAAUACAGUAGUGCAUCCAAGUAUUAUCCAUGCUGGCCCCUGAUAGUCCAAAAACUGGGAAGCUUAUUUUCUGUCCUCUCCUGCCCUCUACUGACUGGAUGCGAGAAGUGCAGGUCCCUGCCGACACGGGACCGGGAAAGAUCUUCCCGACUCUCUGUAUCAGGCAAAGCCAGCAAAUUAGGAUGCCCCAAGGUUUGAAACACUGUGUCUCCAGACAAGUCUUGCUUAUUAAAAAAGAAUAACUUGUAUUAAGAAAAUUCAAAUCAAAAUGAGAUACCACUACACACCUGUUUGAAUUGCUGAAAACAAAGCCCUGAGCCCAAGUACUGGAAUUCUCACACAGUGCUGAUGGGAAUGUAAAAUGGUACAACCACACUGGAAAACAGUUUGGGAAUUCCUGGUACAAUUAACAUUAUACCAUACAACCCAGCUGUCUCACUCCUGGUAUUUAACUAAAAAAGAUGAAACUAUAUGUUCACAACAAACCAUACUAUCUGAAUUCCAUUUUCUGUGAUAUUCGAAAAGACAAAACUAUAGGACAUAAAACAUAACUGGUGGCAAGGUCUAGGAGUGGGGUUAUGGGUUGACUAUAAAGGGACACAAGGGAACUUUCUGGGAUGAUGGAAAUGUUCUGU